UUGAAAUUUGCUUUAAGAUGCAGAUUUGAACAUUUGUUUGACGAAUCCCAUCUCUGGUGGUGUUGGGAUGUACGCGGGUCCGUGAAGGCAGCGUCAGUGCCCAGGCUGACGUCAUGUUGUCGGGCUGUGGAGACGAGCUGCUCGGUGAAGUGGAGCCACGACAUCCCGCCCUGAGACCCGGCUCGCCGACAUAAAGAUCAACUCUAUUCCCUCAUAUUGGGACUGUGCGGGGGGGUGGGGAAGGCCUAGUCCUCCACCUUGAUCAGGCCGGACACCCCACACACCUCCCACUAUCCCCAGCCAUGGACAAACAAGGCCCCAUGACGACACCAGGCAAGGUCAGCGGACUCAAGCCCCCCAGUAAAAUAGUCCGUCCAUCAGGGGUGCCAACAAGGACGUCCCCGUCCUCAGGUACUCCAAAGCCAGUUCCUCCUGAGAAAUCCCCUGGUAGUGUUACCUCCCCAACCCCAGAUGGAUGUGGUGACUUCCAGUUAGGGGAGAGGGUCUGGGUCAAUGGCAACAAGCCCGGCUGUGUGCAGUUUAUCGGGGGCACACAGUUCGCUCCCGGGCAGUGGGCGGGAAUCGUGCUGGAGGAGCCAAUUGGGAAGAACGACGGGUCGGUGGCAGGGGUCCGGUACUUCCAGUGUGAGGAUGGGAGGGGGAUAUUCACGCGGCCUUCAAAACUAUCCAGGACUGAACUGCCAGAGAAGGAGGAAAACGGGGGCCAGGCCAGCCCAGCACAAGCAUCCUCUGCAACAAGCCAGCCUGCACCUGUUGUCUCUACCUCAACCGCUCAGGGCACUGGCAUAAAGACAAGUGGGUUGCUAAGCCGAAUGCUCACGUCCAGCGAGUCGGUGUCAAACCUCUCAGACACAGACUCCAUGAAGAUGAACAGAAGGGAGCUGAAGCUGGGAGACCGUGUGCUGGUGGGUGGUAGCAAGGCAGGAGUUGUGCGGUUUCUGGGAGAGACAGACUUUGCCAAGGGAUACUGGUGUGGAGUCGAACUAGACGAACCACUUGGCAAGAAUGAUGGAGCUGUAGCAGGGGCCAGGUACUUUCAGUGCAUGCCGAGGUUUGGCUUGUUUGCCCCGGUCCACAAGGUGACGCGUAUUGGCUUCCCCUGCACAACACCUACCAAGGCGAAGAGCUCACGGAGGAGGUCCGGCCUUCUGAAGAGGAGUCCCAGUGCCUCCUCCAUCAGCUCGCUCAGCUCCGCCACCUCCUCAAUCAGCGGCAAACCCAGCCGAGCAGGACUGCUGACGGAGACAUCUGCUCGGUAUGCUCGGAAGAUCUCUGGCACCACAGCCCUGCAGGAGGCGCUGAAGGAGAAGCAGCAGCACAUUGAACAGCUGCUGGCGGAGAGAGACCUGGAGAGAUUUGAAGUUGCAAAGGCGACCAGCCACGCAGGAGAGGUGCAGCAGGAGCUGACUAUGCUGAUGAAAGGAAGGGAUCAGUAUGCCAUGGAGAUGGAGGCAAAGCUGGACCAGCUGCGUUCGUUGGUGGAAGCAGCAGAUCGAGACAAGGUGGAGCUGCUCAACCAGCUGGAGGAGGAGAAAAGAAAAGUGGAGGAUCUGCAGUUUCGUGUGGAAGAGGUUUGCAUUACCAAAGGAGACCUGGAGACGCAGACCAGGCUGGAGCAUGCCCACAUAAAGGAGCUUGAGCAGAGCCUGCUCUUUGAAAAGACCAAAGCUGAAAAACUCCAGAGGGAUUUAGAGGACACUAGGGUGGCCACUGUGUCUGAGCGCUCCAGGAUCAUGGAGCUGGAGAGGGAGGUGGCAGAUCUCCAGCUGAGGCUCCGGGCGUCCCAGCAGAAGGAGGAUGCUGUGUCUCUGUCCCAGCAACAGAUUAGCAGCCUCAAGGCCCAGGCACAGUCUCAAGAGAAAAGGAUCAGUGAGCUGAGCGUGGACCUGGAGAGCAAACAGAAAGAGCUUCAGUCUGUGCAGCAGGAUAAGAGUUCUCUGGAACAGCAGCUGAGCAGCCUGAGACAAACGCUUGAGAUAGCCGAGGAGGAAAACAGGAGGACAGCAAAGACCAUGCAAGAAUUGGAGCAGAGUGUGGAGCAGUUGAAGAAAGACUCUAAGACCCUGAAAGAGGAGAGCAAGUGCAGAGAGAAGGAGCUGAAGGUCCAGCUGACACAGGCCACUGAGAAGUCAGAGGGGACGGCUCUGUCACUUGAGCAUCUGACUAAUGAGAAUAAGAUGCUGGAGACAGAGCUGGAGGCUUUGAAACAGCAGAACUCCAACUACCAGGAGGAGCUCAGUCUGUCGAAGGAGCGGAGCAGCUCAGAAAACCAGCGUAUCGGAGUCCUCUGCAAGGAAAUCAAGGAGCUGAAGCUGGCCUCCCAGAAGUCUCUCGACGAGUACAACGAGGAUCGCAACAAUCUACAACCGGACAUGAAGAGCAGAGAAACCAUCUCAAAUCGGGAACUGGAGGAGGAAGUAAAAUUCCAGAAGUCAACUGGAGCCUUAACCUCAGACAAAGAUCGGGAACUGGAAACUCUGAGGAAUGAGUUUGCUCUGUCGCUGCAGAUCGCAGUUCUUCGAGGUGAAAACGCCAUGGCCAAGACCCUUCAGUCGGCCGUUGAGACGUUGGAGAGAGACAAAGCUCAGCUGCAGAGUCGUGUUUGCAAUCUAGAGCAAAGGCUCAUGGGAAGGCAGCCCUCUGAGGGAGAAGACAGCGAGGCCCCACUAUCGGGCGAUGCGGCUCUCGAGCAGCUGAGGGAAGAGAAGGAGUUCGCUGAGGGACAGAUCAACUUCCUGAACAGUGUGAUCGUGGACCUGCAGCGGAAGAACGAGGAGCUGAAGAUCAAACUGAAGAAGCUCGCUCUGGCUGAGUUCAAUGGCAACGAAGAGACUGAUGGUUUUGAUGAAGCUAUAUCAAAGCGGGAAAAGAAGGGCACCCCCCGUCUGUUCUGCGACAUCUGCGACUGCUUUGACCUCCACGACACAGAGGACUGUCCCACUCAGGCCCAGAGCCCCGACUCUGUUCCUCACACCACCUACCACGGCAACCCGGCCAACGAAAGGCCCUACUGUGACAUCUGUGAGGCCUUCGGACACAGCACAGCGUCCUGCAACGAUGACCAGACCUUCUAGAGGCUCCAAAAACUCUCCCUGCAUUUCAAUUCCUUCCCUUUCCUCUUUCGUCCCACUUUUAUGCACAUCUCACCUCUUACUCUCCUGCUACAUUUCCCUCAAUCCAGCCCAACAUGCCUGCAGAUUCUUCCAUAUUGUAUUUUUAUACUCUAUUUAAGCAUAUCACUGGUAGCCACAGUUCUGACCCAAAUCCUUGACCCCGCAGCUCUUUUCUCAGAGGAGAACCGGUUCUGUAAUGUAAUGCAGAAUGUUCGUCCAAAUACGCUGCUUUAGUGCAAUAUUGAUGUUUAGAACAAAAGGAAUCCGUCCUCUGCACUUGUAGUUUUUAACGUGUUGUUUUGGAGUCCAGGUUGUUUUCAAAAAUGAGCAUUAGUCACAUUCAAUGUGUUUUGGGCUUUAUUAGCAAAAAUGGGAUGCGACAAAAAGUGAAGCACAGUUAAAACUGAAGGGAAAAUGAAACUCCUCUCGUACUUUACAUUCCUGUCCUCUGUAUCACACUCCUCAGUCUGUACGCCUGUAAACCAAUCAGAAACUGAUACAGAGAUACUGCCACGGCAAACAUUUUACUGAGGUUUUAUGCUUAAUAACAUUUUACAAAGCCACUUUGUCAGUUUAUAUCUUACAAUAGAGUGUUAGGGCCACUUUUAAAGGAGACGUUAUGCUCGUGUUCAGGUUCAUUAUUUUAAGAAUUAUUAUUGUACAAGCAGUAUUACUUGAAACGGUUUACAUGCUCUUUUGUGAUUGGUUAACCGCUUCCAGCACAUGUAGGAAAUGUCAGCCUCUGCUCUCCUUUAAACAGAAAAGAGUGAAUAUCUUGAGACUAAAAGAAAAUCAUUUUAAUAUUACAAUCAAAAGUUUUAUUUUUGAAGGAUGUUUAUGGCAUAUUCUUGAAAUAUAACAACUUUAUUUUCUUUUUUUGGUUUACUUUAUUUUGAAAAUGUUGCAACUUCAUUUUUUUUAUAUUUUGAUUUUAGUCUCAUAAUAUUACUACAUAUUAAUAUUUGAAAGGUUGUAAAAUUAUUACAACAUUACUGUUGAUAUAUUACAUAACACUUUAUUCUCAUAAUAGCACAGCAUGUAUUUUGACAACAUUCGUCUUACAUAAUUACUUCAUACUCUAUAUAUAUAUUAUAACUUUUUUUACUGUUGACUCUAAAUAUCCCAAUGUCACACUUAAAUUUUCAGCUUUAAUCUUAAAAUUUUACAACUUCACUCUCAGAUUCUUAUGACUUGACUAUAUCUUCGCUUUAUUCUCUAAAUAUUCGGACUUUUCUAGUGGCCCUAGUACUCCGUCUAAAUGUUAACACGUGGUAAAAAGUUCCUUCUUGACCUUGGAAAUCCUAGUUUCCAUGGUAACUAGUUCUUUACAGAGCUUUCAACUCUCUCUUGAAGUUUAUUCCCGGGAAGUUUAACAGUUUACAGCAUGUGUGGAGCGUUAACGCCACCUAUCGAUGAAGACUGAGAAGCAAAUGAAGGUUUCAGAAAAAGCUGGCAGGUGGACGUUGAGUUAAAGAGCCACCCAGUUGAUCUUAAACAUGAAGGACAGGUUGAUCUGUUUACUUGCUUACUUCUCGUGGAUGGAGUGGCUCUACAACGUUCGGUCCAUUUAACUGUCUCCCUGGAGCUUUCAGUCAUACCACACAUAUCUUCAUCGGCAGAUGAAGUUCGUGUGGUUGUCAUGAAAUUGCAGAGAUCACUUUUAGGACUCUUCUCGUCUCUUGUUUGCUUUAAAUUGAGAUUUUAGAAUUCCAUGACAGCUGGGCAACUCGACUGAAAGCUCCAGAACAGCUACUCAAUUGACCUUGAGGUGACAUUUUUUUGAAUUUUAGUCCGCUGUUGUUUCUAAGGUCACGAGUGAACUUUCUAUUUUAACAUUGUUGUGUAUUUACCUUUCAAUAGGUCGGCAUAUAUACGUUAAUAUCCUUCAGUAAUGUCACGGAAAGUUACUGAGGAUCUGUUGUAGCUAUUGAUAAUGUUGAUACGUUUUGUUAUUUAUUGUCUAAUCUUUCACUAACCAGUGAUAUUCCGACAGGGAAAUAAGCUAGCACUUAUUUAAAGUGUGUAUAGUCUGUAGUAGGACUACUGUAGUGUAGGUGGGCGUCUGCCGCAUGUUACAGGAGCUCACCCAGAUGAAACUAUAGCAGCCUCGACUUGCUUAGAUUUGCACUGUCCACUUUAAAGAUUCAGCAGAGACAUACGUUAAUGUUCCGAUUCUAACGUUAUAUCAAAGUUAUUUUAUCUUAAAAGUCCAUUCAGAUAAUUCAGUAAUGUUCUAUUUCAUGCUGCCCUCUUUAAAGCUACAGUUUGACAUUUUGGGGGAAUUCUCUUCUUCGCUUUUUCAUGUUGCAUGAAAAGAUUGACACCACUUUCAUAGGUGUAUGGUACAUGCACAACUUCACAGCUAUAGCCUGUGAAGUUUUUGUUUUAAAUUGGCUGCUACUAACAGAAGACACCUAACCUGAACCAAACUGGCUGUCAAGUUGCAUUGUGGGUAAUGCGGGCACCAGGUUUUGACCAGAGAGAAGAAUGUGUAGAAGGAAGAAAAGACGAUAUCUCUGGUUCUGCUACAUUGAUUUUGAUCAUUUUUGUAUUUAACUGACCACCUUGAGUCCAACAAUGCUCUGUAUCUCACUCAGAUGAGCACUCUUUUAACCCACAUUCCUCAUGUGCCAGGACGCGAAUAGGCCUAUUUCCCAAAAUGUCAAACUAUUCCUUUAAAUGUAUCCAGUAUAAAAACAUGUAUUUUGACGUAUCUCGUUCUUAAGCGCAAUGUUGGAUCAUAUUGAAUCUUCCAGUGUAACAGUGUAUAAUACAUGACUAACCAUUGACACUAGUCUUUGUAAAUACCAGUCAGACGCUUCUGAUAAAUGUGUACACAGUGCCAUGGAACAAACGAUAGCUUUUAUGUGUACGGCAAUUUAUUUUUCUGCCCUGUUGAUAAGAUUGACGUUGAAUAAUGGAGGUUUCCACUCCCGAGGAAAAACCAAGCCCCUUUGUAUAGACUUUAAAAACAUGAUGUACUUUGUAAGUGAUUUGUCUAAUUAUUAGUGUCAUGUUUUAUAUGUGUAACAAUUUCAGGCACCAUCUAUAAAUGGUUUCCAAAUGUUCAGACCAUUUGACUGACGUUGGCGUGGUGUAAAAUGUCCUGUUUUCUAUGUACUGUAUACUCCUGAACAGUCCAAUAGAAAUACUAAGAACAAAACCGCUGCUGUGUUGGUGUUUGUUCCCUCCAGCAGGAACGUGGGGUUUUUGUGUAACACUCUAAAGGCACCGCCAUUAAAACCCACUCUCUUACCAGACCGUA